UUUCUUCAAUUAUUAAAAUUUUCCCAGUUUCAAAUAUUAUUGGGAUCUAGGGUUCUUGGUUUUUCAAACCUUUGGUCAAUUCAAUUUUGGUCAUCAAAUCAAGCGGCUGUGGUUUACUUUCUCCUCCGCCUUAACGCCAUGCCACCUCGCGCAUCUAAGCGAAAGACGGCCCCACCCAACUCCUCAUCCGUCACAUCAUCCGACGGUCGUUCUGUCUUGAGUAAAGCUAAAACAAAGGGGCUCGAAAAAAUAGAUCGUUUGUUCAAUUCAUAUGCAAAUAGUUCAUCGGGCGUGAUUGAUCCGGAUGGUAUUGAAGCACUCUGUUCAGAUCUAGGAGUGGACUACACUGAUGUGAGGAUAUUGAUGCUUGCUUGGAAAUUAAAAGCUGCAAAGCAGGGCUUUUUUACCCAGGAUGAGUGGCGAACUGGCAUGAAAGCAUUGGGGGUCGAUUCACUUAGCAAACUAAAAAAGGCACUUCCUCUGCUGGAGAUUGAGGUGGGGAAGCCAUCAAAUUAUGAGGAUUUCUAUACCUAUGCAUUUCGAUAUUGCCUAACAGAGGAGAAGCAGAAGAGCUUGGACAUUGAAAGCAUCUGUGAACUGUUGAAUCUUGUUCUUGGUGCCCAAUUUCGUCCUCAGGUUGAUUCACUAAUCGAGUAUCUAAAGGUCCAGAGUGAUUACAGAGUAAUAAAUUUGGACCAGUGGAAAAACUUUCUACGUUUUUUCCAAGAGAUUAGCUUUCCCGAUCUUGGAAAUUACGAUUCAUGCCUAGCUUGGCCGUUGAUUCUCGACAAUUUUGUAGAAUGGAUGAAAGAAAAGCAGCAUAGCUAGAGAAUCCAUCGCUUAUAUUUCUUGCAGAUUGCUGAUUUUAUAAGGAUGUUGCGAGAACCCUAACCGGUAACCAUGGAGCUGGCUCAUAUAACUGAUUUUUCUGAACCAUAUUUUCAUGUUAAACAUAAAAUUUUGUUGUCCUGAGAUCAUUUAUACAUUCUGCAUUCAGUAACACCAAGUCUUCUUUUUAUUGUUCUUCUGAUAUGUUCAAU